AUUCCGUUUUCGAUGCCGUUUUUAGAUGUUUUGUGCCCGGAUGGUCAUAAAGUCAUAGUGGAAAUUUCGAAAUCAACGCCACUCAUUCAAGCCCUUGAGAAAGCAUGUAAAAUCAGUGGUUUGGAUCCAUUGAAAUACCGUUUCAGUCAUAAUCGACGUCCAGUGGAUUUAUCUCAAUCAUUUGAUCACUCUGGUCUUGUCAAUCAUGCAGAUGUAGAGCUUAUUUUAUCAGAUAGAGUUGAUCAGGGUCAAUAUACGCCACGUAUCUGUUUACGUCUUGAUAAUGGGCAACGUGUGGAAUGGACUGGUAGAUCUGAUACGCCUAUUUGGUCAAUUCUUGAACAACUGGCUAGUACCAAUUCACACAUUGCAGAGAUAAUUUCUGGCCAGCAUAGUUCAUCCUCUGGUAAUACUUGUCCAGCAAUAAUCUAUCUUCAAGAAAAAGUAGUCGGUGAGAAUAACUUGCGUUCAACAACACUGGCUAAUUUGGGUAUUAUUCAUGGUUCAGCCUUAUUACAACUGAAUAUUGUCCCAUACACUGGAGAAGAUAAUCCACAGUCACAACGUUCUGUACCACCAUGUGAGCCUACCACCACCACCACUUCGACAGACAUUAUUAGUAAGAGUAAUAAAAUUGAUGAAAGUAUGGAACAGAUUUCAAGAUCAAAGGGUGCUGUGAUGAAUCAAGAAAUAGUAUUACACAAAGAAGUGCAUAAAAUUGAUGAUGAUGAAGAGAAAGUUGUAGAAGGCAGUCAUGGGGUGAAUACAAUCUCACCGAAUUUUGGCGAUAUUAAACCCCAAUUAGCAACUUCAUCGAAUCAUAGAGUGGAAAGUAAUACUUAUUAUAAUAGUUCUGAUAAGAAGCAGGAAAUAACUGCUAUGGAUGAAGAUACCUUCUCAGGCUUUGUUUCACCAUUCAGUGUCUUCUCAGAUCGUCCAUCAGUUUCUGCAUUUGCUAAUGUUGGUCAAAUGGAAUCGACUCAUUGUCCAUCUGUUGAACAAGAGAGAAGGCCCCGAACGCUGGGUGAAAUUUUAGGCAUCAACUUAGAGACAACAUCAUCAUCACAAUUUCGCUACAAUGAACCACAAUCAUCCAUCCAUCCAUUUCAUCAAUUCAAAUUCCCCACGGAAACUGAAGGUGAAAAUUUAAACUCAAAAAUUUCGGAUUCUGAAGCGAAAUCAUCUUCAGAUAAUACCAUAGAUCGUGAAGUGAUUGUAUUUCGUCGACCAACUAAAGCGGUUACCAAGAAUGAUGCUAUUGAUGAUCUACCGGACGAGGUGUUUGAACUUACAGAAGAAGAUAUUCGUAAAUUAUUACGUUCAUAUCACAAUGAAUGGAUAAAAUCUGAACCACUUCAAACUGCUGCUAUGCGUGCUGAAGCUCGUCGUAAAUACUAUUCAAAGUAUCCCAGAGCUAUUAUCCAAUUUCAUUGGGUUGACAACGUUGUUAUUCAAGCUUGCUUUACUCCAAGUGAAAAAGUAUCCGAACUGUAUGAAUUUGUUCGUGGUCUUUUGAAAGAUUCUUGUUGUAACUUUCAAUUGUAUACAACUCCGCCUAAACAAUUCCUCUCGGAUAAGAAUAACACACUUAUUGAAGCUAAUUUAGUACCAUUAUCGAAGGUAUUCUAUGAUCCUAUUGAAUUCGAGUCUAUGAUCUAUAUACACGUGCUGAAAGUGGUAAUCCUACAACCAAAUGUGUUAGAAAAAGCCACGGAGGAGAAUUUUGUUAAAGCUCAAUCGAUUGUUUCUAACUGGAUGAAAAAUUUACAAUCAUCUAAUUCAAGACAAAGUAACUCUUCGACGGAACAUGAAUCUAGCCAGCGGAGACAACAAUCUCAACCGACUACCUCUGAGUCUGAAAAGGGCAGUCUACCGAAAUGGUUAAAAUUAGGAAAAUGA